CGCAUGCGCCUUUUGAUCAUGUGGUCCACAUGACCUCGAACAGUUUCAAAACAAUGUGGAGCGCGUCGCUGCAGAGGAGAUGUCUUCACUCGUCUCUGUGUCUGAUGAAGAAAAGUAAAAGUCCCGCGGAGCAGCGGUGGUUGACGCGGCAGCUGAAAGACCCGUACGUCAAGGCAUCGCGCGCACAGAACUUCCGGUGCCGGAGCGCCUUCAAGCUGCUGGAGAUGGACGACAAGUUCCGGCUGUUGCAGCCCGGGGACAGUGUGGUGGACUGCGGCGCAGCGCCCGGAGCCUGGAGCCAGGUGGCGGUCCAGAGGGUCAACUCAGCCGGGACAGAUCCAGAGUUACCUCGUGGCACCGUUGUUGGUGUUGAUCUGCUUAACAUCCCUCCCCUGGACGGCGCCCACUUCCUGUCCAGUCACGACGUCACCGAGCCCGCCACCCACGGCAAACUGCUGGAGCUGCUUCCCAGCGGCCGGGCUCACGUCAUCCUGAGCGACAUGGCACCGAACGCCAGCGGUUUUCGAGAGAUGGACCACGAGAGACUCACCGUGAUGUGUUUGUCUCUGAUAGACUUGGCCGAGAAGGUUUUGCAGCCGGGUGGCUCGCUGGUGUGUAAGUACUGGGACGGGAUCCUCGCUCAGAAGCUCCAGGAGAAGCUGUCGAGUGUGUUCGGGAGUGUUCGGACUUUAAAGCCAAAUGCCAGCAGAAAGGAUUCUGCCGAGAGAUAUUUCCUCGCUAGAACGUACAGGAAGCCGGUAAAAAGAUGAAAGCUGACCUAUAUUUUUCUAAUGUGUAUCGUGAAAUCGAAAAAUUUGGUCAAUUUUUAUGUUUUGCAGAGAUUCCCAAAAGUGCCCACUGUGUUUAGGAUCAGUCUGAACGCGAGGAAGAGGCUCACCUAAUAUCUUUGAUCAGAAGGUGGCACUGUUGAGGCAUCGGUGGGGCUCACAGCUGCAUCACAUGCUGUUGGCACUGAUUUAUUUAUUUAUAAAAGAUUUUAAACCAAGCAAACUUAACACAGUAGCGUCGGUGAAUCAGUAAUGUGUAAACCUAUGCAAGAAUCAUCAGUUUGAUAGUCCUCGAGAGCCCAAUGCUGUAGUUUCUCUGAAGUUUAUUGUUUGCCCCACUGUUUGUUCUACACACUUGGUUUGGUAUUUGCUCUGCUGCAGAAAAGCCAUCCGCCGGAGCUGCUUGUGCUGAUAAUUUGCACUGCCCGGCGUGUAGAAAUAUGUAAUUGUCCUCUCAUUGAGAGUUUUAUGGAGGGAAAAACCUAAUACAUAAGAGUCACAUACAGAAUGAUUAAUGGGGAGUGGGAUGAUACUGAGGCUUGGCACGCUCGUGCAAGUGUUGUUGUACUCUUGCUCUCUCGACAGUGGCAAUUUCCUGAAAAACAUCUUUAUUUCUAAAAGCCCUGUAUUGGACGUUACGGUAAAGUCUGGAGAGAUUCAAAGGAUAGACGUUGCUGAUAUAACACUUUCUACAGUAAUAUGUACAUUACUGUUCUUGUUUCUCUUGCAUUCUAGUCACACCAGUCACCAGGGGCGUAGCACGAAAACUUUGGGCCAUGUGCAUAUGCAGUCUUAGUGGGCCCCCCCUCCCCUCUUAUUACAUCAGCUCUUAAGCAAGUAUAUUUGUUUAUUUUAUUCAACAAGGGAUAGAGAUGACUGGCUGGACCAGGGAUGUUGAAAAUAGCACUGUUAAAUAAUAAAAGACAAGCAAAUGAGA